AGUUGCGUCAGAAAUAGUCUGUGAGGGGAUAAACGAGCGCACCUUGUGCUCACCCACCCACUGCCUGACGGUAGGUGAAUGACAUAAACAAAGAGCCGGCGACUUUUCGUGGAAACGGAAAACGCUCCUUGGAAUCUGAAAAACAUGGAAACCGGUGGGUUUUCUGACACCUCACCUCAUUUCUCUUUUAGGCACGGAGUUUGUUUCCUCGCUAGCUUGAGCGCAGCGUGUGUUUAACAGCUGGGCAAAGCUAACGUCCACUCAUGCUAAGUUAGCAUGAGUUGCGUUACACGGCAGCUUGCUAGUGACACUGUGGCAUCGUUUAUCUCUGCCGGUAACGCUGACAGAUGAUGCUGAUAGAUCGACAGAGAGGCACUGAUACCUAAACUUGAGACAAUGACAGCCAACGACUUUCAGUCAUUAAAACUGCUAUCAGCCACAAAAGCCCGGAAAUGCUAGCUUGUGCUAAUGUUAGCCGACAAUGAAUGAAGCUGAGAAUACUAGAAGCUGUCAAACUCUCAAUGGGAGUUUGGUUUCAUUUUUGGGGAGUUACAUUUAUGAGAAUCGUUUUAUCCUCUAAAACACUUAAUGUUACAUGUUACUUAAUGCUAUACUGUGUCUUAUGUCAAGUUUGAACAGUCGAAGUUGGGUCAGGUUUGUUCGGUAUUUCCUUUGAUUGAUGGUUCAAAGCUUCAGUUAGACGGUUAUUUGUGGGACAUUGAUUUGAGUUGUCUAUUUUGUCUCUAGGUGUGUGUGUGUGUGUGUCACGUACAGGUUUAGUUACAGAGCCACAGUAAUCUGUCAUGUGAACUUUAUUGACAUCAUUUGCUCCACUGUCAUUUAGCCCUGUGAGUAUGAAGGGCAUCGAGGAGAGCUUAGCUAAUAUACCGCCUUUGAACAACCACUGGAGUGUAAAUUUACCCUGCCUGCCUGUGCCUGGCCCCUUGCCAUUGAAAACCACUAUAAUGCCUUUGCUCAUCAUUAAUGGUUAAACUUGUUAAACUUGUUGAGUGACUUCAAAACGACAUGACUGAUCAUGAUAAAAAGAUUUGAGCUUCAAGGAAAAUGAUACAUUGGCAUAAAACUUACAGCAAUCCUCCAUUUUGUAAUAACUAUUAACUUGGGCCCCAUUCUGCUUAACGAUAAAAGGCCUAUAAUGGCAUCCCAUCUUUGUCCAGAUGGAAAAAACAACAGUGCACGGUUAAGAGGAGAGGAUGUUAAAGUCUCCGUAGCAUGCAUGACUAAGCAAUAUCCCUUUGCCAGUGUUUAACUGCUCUGCACAGCUAUACAAUGUAAUUACUAACCAUGCAUCAGUGCAAAGUUUGAGUCCAUCCAAGUUUGUGUUCACCCUUCCUCCAGCGUAGAGAGACGAGACAAGCUUUCCUGAUUGUUCUCUCACACAGAGAGCCAAAUGUAUGGACACUGGCCUGUUGUGGUUAGCCCUCAGCCCCCCAGGGUCAUUUAAAAACACCAAGGGAAAACAGUUAAGAAGAUUAUUUCCUUGUUUCAAAUAAUCAGUCAAUCAUUAUUUAUUCAACCCAAAUCUAUAAAAAUUGUAAUCUCAAAACAUUUUACGGUAAGAACUUUUUACGGUAAGAGCAUUCACCGGACCCAAAAUCAGGACAGUAAAGAUUUAAUCACAUCUUAAUUCAUCAUGAGCAAAGCACUUGGUAGCAUUUGGUAAGAUACAAACUUACUUUUGAUGGGUAGAAACCUCAAGCAGAACCAGACUCCUGCCAUUACUGUUUUGGCAUCUAAAAGGCAGAGAGAUGUAGAAAGAGAGAGGUGGAUACAGAUGUACUACAACAACAACAGCUCCCUCAGAACAAUGGUUUAAGUGCCAAUCAUAAAACUAAAUGCACACUUACUUCAUACAGGAACAGCAAAUUACUGAUAAUAGGCUAAACUUGAUAUUUGUGGCCACUCAUGUUGGACUUUAUUGGCUACACUGCACAGUUAAAAAUCUUGUGUUACUCUAAAGAGGCACUUUUUAUAGAGACGAGAGACACCUACAGGCACUAGCCACCUCUCUCCUCCUUUUCCCUCAAUCAUUCUGAGAAAGAAAAUGAAUCUGAAAAAUACCCCAUAAAAUAACAUUGUUCCCUCAGUCAGUAUAGAACCCAUUUUUUUCCUUUCAUAAUCUACAUUUGUCAAAAACUGAACUACUCAUGAAUGCCAAAAUGCUUCCCCUCGCAGCUGAAGGUGGCCAAAUUUUACUGGAACUAGUGCCAACUUAAGCAAAACACAUCUUACCUUUCAGAGCUACAACCAAUGAUCGUCUGUACUAAUCAAUGUCAAUUAUCUGCUAGUAUGAAACACACAAAAAAAACAAAAUUACAGUGGAGAAGCUUAUUACUAGUUUUAAGAGCCGUUGUAAUGUGUUAUUGCUUAAUAAUGCUCACAUUGAAAGGAUGCAGUUGUUUUAAAAAAAAAGAGUCAUUGGUAAAAGAUUGAGUUGUGUAAGUGCUCGAAAACAAGAUGCUGGAUCUCAAGGGGCUAUCCUAAAUAAAUUGAAAUUAUUAAAUAAACUUUGGCACACUUGUUAAAAUAUUUGGUAUAUAAAUGACUAAAACUGGAGUGUCACAAAAUAAUGCUUUAUUUAAAAAAACAUAUCUGACAUAAGUAGACUACCCCUAUAAAUAACUUCUAAAGAAAAUAAUAAUAUCAAUCCCUUUCUGUGUAAUCUUAUCCUUUGUUUUCUGCUUCUCAUUUUUCAAGGUCUUAGUCAGGAGAAGGUAGCCACCUUCUUUAAGCGGCUGCGGGCUGAACCACGUUACCUGUUGGCCCAGAAUGUAUCGACCUGCAUUGACCCAUUGGAGGUCUGUCUCCACCGGCAGACUGUCCAGGACACAGUGCAUAUUUUUCAGCACUCCAUUCCCACUGAGGGCAAGCCUAUUACCAACCAGAAAAACUCAGGUAGGAUGCUAGCAGUGCUACAGAUAAAUAGUGGUUAGGUCUAUCAUACCUGCAGGUUACUCAGGAUUCUCUCUGUCUUUUUUUUAUCAGGGAGAUGUUGGAUCUUCUCAUGCCUCAACGUCAUGCGACUUCCCUUCAUGAAGAAGUUUAACAUAGAGGAGUUUGAGUUUAGUCAGUCUUAUCUGUUUUUCUGGGACAAGGUAAGAUUGGGUGCCACUCUGUUCCCACUAUGAUUUUUCACUCUCCACAGUCUGACAAGUCUCUUAUUUUGUGUUUGAUCUCUUUCAACUGUAAACUUGUUAAAUAGUUUUAAAAUCUCACUCCUCCUGUGUUUACAAAAGUUAACAUUUACAGUCCCAAUUCCGUAAGAGUUGGGUUUGGCAAAAAAAUCAAAUCAAAUGCUGAGACAGAAAAUGUUCACAUUUAUGAAUAAUAUAUGUUCAUUUUAAAUUUAAUGCCAGCAAGACAUUUCAGAACAGAUGAGACAGGGAUACCCAACACUGGAAAAGUUGUGUAAUGCUAAAAACAACACCUUGAGAUUUCUCAAACAUGGUACAUAUUUGAUGAAAAGAUCCAGAGGCACAAGGCCAGUACAGACAUGAUCCUGCAGUGCAAAUCACUGCAUGGGCUCAAGAUCAUAUCCAGAAACUAUCAUGUGUGAAGACAGUUUGUUGCUGCAUUUACAAAUGCAGGUGAAAAUUUCACCAUGCCCAUAAAUGAUUAAACAUACACAUGAUCCAGCAAUGUUAGCAACUUCUGCGGGCCUGAGGCCUUUUCAAAAGGACUAAGAGGAAGUGGAAAAGUGUCCUGUGGUCUGACAUACAAAACUUGGACUUUCCUUUUAAAAAAAAUUACAACUCUUGUGUACUUGGGGUUUUCCACAUUGUCAGUUUGGCCAUGUGUCACUGCUUCAUUGUUGGUUUUUUUCCUUUGUCUAUUUUUGUGUUUUCCAACUUUUCCUUUUAAGUCUACUGUUAGUUAUUAGUGUUGUAAGCUUCUGGUAAACAGAUGCUUUUGUUUCGCUGUUGUUACAUUGUGUGUGUAUGUUUGUAUGCCUGUAUGCAUUGGUACAGUGUUAUUGUACUGUGGUACAACUAUACCUUAGUUGUACUGCUGAAACCCUUUUUGUGUGUUGUUGUUGUCAAGGCUUUUUGUGUGUUGUCAGGGUUGUCAACAGUGACAUCAGGAUAAAUGUUUUUAUCUGUUUCUUUUUCUCUCACAGGCUUUCUGUCUUUUUUUUACCCCAUAUAGCAAUGCAGUCGGUAGUAAAUAACGAGAAAAUGCAUGAGUUAAAAACUACAAAUCAGGGUUAAUUCUAUUUCUUGAGAAUUUAGUUGGUUAAAGAUGAAGGUUUAAUUCAAGGUAACUCAAAAUUGAGAAAAAAUAGCGCAGAAAGGGGACAGAAUUAGUACGCAGAAUUUAGUGUUGUCUUCUCUGUUUUCUUCUGAAAAUGAUUGUCCUCCUAAGAUGGUUGGCCUUUAAGAUUACUGGAGCACUUAGUCAUUAUGGAGCCAGAUACAGAGGAAUUCUGGUGAUCAAUAUAAGAAGUUUAAUAUGAUUUUUUUUUUAAAGUCCUUACACACUAAUUUGAAUUUAGGGAAACUUGAAAGGACAACUCAAGUGAAAUGUUUCUGCCUAUACCCUAACACAAUAAACUAUAAAACUGUACAGUCUCUUGGAGUUUCUUAGUACCUGCCAUAUUUCUUCUUUUUUGUUUGUUUUUUCUAGAUUGAGCGGUGCUACUACUUCCUCCAUGCCUGUGUGGAGACAGCACAGAGAAAAGAGCCAGUAGACGGACGCCUGGUACAGUUCCUACUGUUAAAUCCAACCAAUGAUGGAGGACAGUGGGACAUGCUGACCAACCUCAUUGGUUAGUUUCUUUAUGACAUAUGGUCACACUGAGGAGUGUGAAUAAAUGUAUUGACAAUAACACCCAUAACAGCUAUAAUCCAGUAGUUUGUGGAGUUACAAAGAAAAUUAGGAAGAGAGAAUGAAUUCUUGUUUAUUCUUUGUGUGUAAAUCUGUGUUUAGAAAAAUAUGGAGUCAUCCCGAAGAAGUGCUUUCCAGAGUCGCACAGUUCAGAGGCCUCCCGAAGAAUGAAUGAUAUCCUUAACCAUAAGGUAUGUUUAUAAGGAAGGUAAUGAUGUCAAAAUCUCUGUAUAACCAGUCCAUGAUAUUGUAUUUUUUGCUAUACUUAAAAAAACAAAGGCUAUGGCAACUUGGAGGAGAGUAACAUUCAUAUAACUCUGAGCUGCUCAUAAAGUUUUGUCUGACGGUUAUUUUACUGACUGGACCUUGAACAUGUCAUAAUGUAUUCACCUGUAUGCACUACUUUGUUUGGUUGUAGCCUCUUAGCUUCUUACCUGCCGAUUUUAAUUAGGAUAACAACAGUAGAUGACCCUCCUUAAUUUGUGGGGCUUGUUACAACUUUGAGUGAUGACCAAAGCUGCUUUGAGUGAAGUAGGGGGUAACUCACCCACAGCAGCACCACCAGAAUCCAAAAGACAACAGACUUUUUCAACCUGAAAUCAGUUGAAGGUAUUCAGCCAAGCUUGAAAACCACCUUCACCAGCAGCUGAUCAAUAAUAUUUUUCUUCAGGUGGUUCAUGUCUCUUGGUUGGGAAUUCAAAAUACUACUCAGAGCUUCAUGGAUUUAUGUUUUUGUGCACCAGUUGUGGCUCGUUUCACAGUGUAAGUCCAUCAGACUUGAAAGGAGGAAUGAAAUGAUUCAGGUUCAAAUAUCAAUGAUUUCUUAACUGUACGAAUGUAGAACCAGGUCCUUGACAGAAUCGUGUUUCGAUCCAAUGAUUGACAAUAUUGUUACAUCCCAUAUGUUGACCUACCAUGCCCACCUGUUAGUCAUUUUUGUACUUGGUGAAUUAACACCUCUGUGUAUGUCUGACUGUUUGUUUCAGCUGAGAGAAUACUGCCUAAGACUGAGGAACAUGGUGACCAGUGAUGCAACAAAAGAUGAACUGUCUGAUGCCAUGGACACUAUGAUAGAGGAGGUGAGACUAAAAAAGCAACAACAACAACAACAAAUAAGAAUUGCAGGCAUACUUACCAUGGGAUGUUUCAGAGAUGACUGAGAGCCUGUUUCAGGGAUUCAGAAACCUGUUCUGUAGGAGAGGCUAAGGACUCAGUUUUGUAUUCUCUUGAAUGAUUACAGGUGGAACACACUCCUGCUCCCAAAGCUUUUCAUUCAUGUUGACUAUUCAUUUAUCAUCAUAGCCUUUGUUUUUGAAUUUAAGGAUCAACAGAACGCACCAUUACAAAAAAUUAUAAUAAUGAUGAUAAUUAAAUUAAAUGCUGUUUUCUUUUUUCAGUUUUUCAUUAGUUAUAUAAAAUUUAUCAUCAUGUCAUGUUUUUUUAAAGAAAUGGACAACAAACAGGAGUGGGUAAAGCGAUAAAAGUGAAUGAGUGUCAACUACAAAUGGUCACCUGCAGCCGGUUUUGGCUUGUUUGGAGUCACCCUGUUUAACUUUAACUUCAAUAACAAAAUGUAUGAGAAUUUUUAAAUUUUGGACAAUGGCCCAAAAAAGUCCAGCCUUGUCAAUAGUGUAGGGAGGGUAAAAUAGGAGUGAUGUACUCUCUCUCUUUCUUUCUUUCUUUAUUUUUUAUUCUUUUUAGGAGUCUGUCUGAUGUAUUCUGGACCAGCUGUAGUUCAUUUAGGCUCUGCUGUGAUGGACAGGAAUAUCAGGAGUUAGAGUAGUCCAGGUGGGGGGAGAUGAAGGCGAAUAUGACUCAGACUGUUUCAAGGUGUUCUCUGGGAAGUAGGUGACUGAUUCUGGAAAGUCGUCUUAGCUGAUGAAAACAUGAUUCUACUACUGAAUCGACCUGAUUCUCCAGAUUGAAGUUGUCAUCAAAAAUGACUCCAAGAUUCUUGCAGCUGUUAGAAAUAUCUGCUCAGAGAGGCCUUAAGAUGUUCAGUGAUGUGGGCAUGUGAAGUGUCUGAACCAGUUAUGAUUAUCUUGGUUUUGUUCAUGUUUAGUCAUAGGAAGUUUUGGGUCAUCCAGUGUUUAAGGUGAGCUGUACAGUUAAUAAGUGAGGAGACAGAAUCUGGGUUGUCAUGGCUGAAAGAGAGCUUUAAGUUAAAUGGCAGUGCAACCAUGUCUGAUUGGACAGGUGCCUUUUCUUACCUUGUAUUACAGUUCUUAAACCAGAAGAGGGAGCUAUUGAAUGUUAUACAUGUGGAAUGGGCAUGUCAGCCUUUUUGCAAAGCUCACAGUGUUUGGGUCUGAGUUUGUCAUGUUAAAACACCGGUAGCUAAGGUCAAGGUACUACGUCCUCUUACCUGGCCCAGGUUUGAUUGACUUAAUGAAGUGAAAAUCUCUACCUCAUUAUGAUGUUUUAAUAUUCACAUUCUCUACAACAUCCACCUCCAACCAUAUUGUAAAAAGGUUUUAAGCUUUUAGUUAUAGUUGCUUGCACACAAUUUGUUUUUAUUUUAUUUUUGUCUAUCGGUUUAUUUGACAGGGACAGUGCAUGUAGGCAUUAUUACAUCUAAUUAAAGAGCAACGGAUGUAAAGAUACAACCAAAGUAAUAAAGGACAUCUAGCUAUGGCUAAUUUGCAGUCCUUGUCCCUGGUUAGACAGUUGGAAAUAAGGCACAUAAUACAUAAACUGCUAAACAAACUUAAAAACUAAUAUCACAGACAAGCAAUUAUAGGUUCACAUAAAGCAAAGCAGACAUAAAACAAGCACUCACUUAUAAACACAGAAAAACUAACAAUGUGAACACAUUGAGAGCUAGUAGUAAAGCCAGCAUAAGGGUCACAGAUUUGUCUCUAAGCCAUAGUUUUGUGGUGAGAUUGAAAGUUAAUGUUUUUAUUUCUGAUGCUAGGAUAUUCCAAAUCUGUGGAUCUUCGACUAACAAAGACGACUGCUUGUUCAAAGUCUCCACUAGCUGCACUUCUUGUAGGAGCUUUUUUAUUUGAGUAUUUUUCAAUCAUUUCACUAACCAAAUCUGGGGCACAGCCAAAACAGUCAUAAUGACGGCAUAGGCUUCAUUACUGAUUGGGCGGCCCAGCCCCAGACAGUAUAGAAGAAGUGUGAUAAAGUCAUAGAGUGCAUGUAUAACUGGGCAGCCUUAAUUGGUAAAUAAGGCCUUAUAAGACGAUAGCAAGCCAGAUUAGCCCUUAAAACCUUUUUGAUAUGUGCUCCAAAUUUUUAACAGGGAAUUAAAGAUGACAACUAAUUUUAUUUACUUUAUGAGUUUCCUUCUGAUCAAUAGUUAUCUGAAAAUGUUUUGUUUUUGCUGGCUUGGAUAGGCAGCACUAUGUGCAUGAAAACACACAGGAAGCAUAAAAAACACUUUUUGUGUGACCUUUAGUCAGUCAAUCAGCCUUCUAUUGAGGUGGUUCACACAGAAAAGGGGUCCAGUUAAACAGCCUUUGUAUUGGGCUGGUGGUAUUGUGCUGCUGGAUGGCUGCUUGUUUAAACAGCGGCUUGUAUCUGAAAGUGCCGCCAUGGAUGCCCAGCCAUCACCACCCAUACACAAACACAUGUUGUGCAACAGUAAAGACUGCUCCCGCUGCACUGUAGAACAUAGUGUGGGGUGAAGGGUUGUCAUUGUCUUUGUUUGUCCACCUGGAAUUGGUUUGUUUUGCGAAACACCACUCUGUCAAAGCAAAAUAGUAACUGAGGACUCAGUCGUGCCAAAAGAACACCCAACAUAAUGAGUCAAGCUGCCCUAGAAUAUAAUUUGCUGUACAUUAAAACAGAGAACAUUUUAAAGUACAAACUCAAUAAAAGAGAGAAGAUAUUUUAUAGUUUUCAUUUUUACUUAAAUGUACCAACAUCAUUUUUCUCAGAACCACAAUCAGAAUCAGCUUUAUUGGCCUAGUAGCCCAUGUUUACUGCAUCAUUCAUUGAUAUGUUAGCACAGUAGGCAAACUGCAGGGGUUUUAGCAGGGGUCCUGUGAUGUCCUUUAGGUGGCUCAACACCAGUCUCUAGAAAGUUUACAUGACCACAGAUGUAAGGGGCAAACAGGCCUGUAGUUUAACAUUUAAACUGUGAUGGAGAGUUUCUUUGGGACUAGGAUGGUGUCGGACUGUUUGAAGCCGGAGGUGACUUCUCAAAGAUCCAGAGAUCUCUUUAGGAUCUGAGUGAAGCCGGUCAGUGCAGACUCUCAGACAGGAAGGGGACCUGCUUGUACAGGACCUGGUCCCUACUCCCUUGGGCUUCCUCCUUGGCCUGGCACAGCUUUCACAGCUAAGGUUUGAAACAGGGUUGAUCUGCAGAGAGUCUUGGUCUGCGCACAAAUGUCCUCAUAACACAUUCCAAAUAAAAGAUUAAUCUAAGAACAUAAAAAGAAAUGUCCAUAUCGCCCACGGGGAUGGUAAAAAUUCAUAUUUGUUCUUUUGGUAUCAGUUUAAACUUUAACUUGCUUGUCAAGUAAUUUGAUGAAGGCCACAGUAUCUUCAACUUGAAUUUGAACCUUUAGACUUGCAUGGUUUUCGUUAUAAAAUGAAGAAUGAAUUUGUCAUGUGCAACAGAAGAUUUUUUUCAUUACUUGAUUGAAGAAUUAGUUCAUUCAUUGACAAAAAAAUACACAGACAAAGGAAAUUGACAGUGAAACAUGUUUGUAAACAGAAUUACUGAAGUCAUUCAAAGAGAUGUUUUUUCAUCCCAUCUACCAAACAGCUUCACAUGGAAAUCCUGAAACCAAGGACAAAAAUUUCUCUGCUGUUGUUUCAUACUAAUAGAAAUGAAUAGAAAAUGAUGUAUAGUGAGUGGAUUCUUAUGGCACAUUAGGCUUAGCAAGACCUUGCUGUACAUGAUCUAACCUGUUAUGAAGCUCAUUUCCAAAGAGAGAUUAUUUUUAAGGUUUUGAGUGACAUAGAAGCAGUGGACAAUCUAACACAUUGGUUUUUGUUCUCUUGGACCCUUGGAACCAGAAUAAGGUUAAGUUCUCUGUUGGUGUUCACAUUCAUUUUCAUUUCUAUAUGCACACGUAUUCCUCAAGAUCAAAGUGUCAGCCCUACUUUGUGUGUGUGGAGGUGAUGCUGUCCAUCCUCCUUACCUGGGGGCUGUGAUUGUACCCUGCACUUCAUCAUGUCAGACCCCCUCACACUUCCUUGACAGGCAGCUGGAGUUAACAUCUCUGCUUCUUCUUGAUGUCCCCCGGGUGUUCUUGGUUUAAAUGGAUCCUCAUGCAUUUUUCUAGUUGAUUAUUUUUGGUCAGACAUAUUACGUAAAACCUAACCAAUGAAAUUUUUGUCAUCAUCAACAACCAGCAUCAACUUAUGGUGUGUUUUAUUCACUGUUACACAUAUGUGAGCUUGCUUCAGUGACAUGAUCCAUACACUGCAUGUUUUUAGGCAGAACAGAAGUAUUCCAGUUUCAAAGCCAGUCUUUUCUUUCAUUCCAUAUCUGGUGUGUGUCCUUGCUUCUCUACUUUUACUUGAACUGACAAGUUUGCAUCAAACACACACUAACUGUACAUGGCCAUACAGUUCCUCACACACAUGAGUGCAUACAGAUGGUAUCCCUCACACCACAACUGUAGCCCUUCCAUGCUCCAUUGCGUCAUGGAAUCAGAAACACCAUGUGCGGUUCUGGUCUUGGCUCUGAAUGCAAGAUGAGGGGUUCUGUAGAGAUUAAUUUCUGGGACAGCCAUCAAGAUCUCAAAAGAAUCAUCUCACUUCUCCUCAAGUGCGUCUGGCCAUGGGGUCAGAAAAUGUGUUGUUCACUCAGUGUGGGUGUUUUCCUGUAGAUAUGUCACUGCUAAGGGCUACAGUGAUAGCUGUGCCAGGGCAGAGAUGUCCACUCAUAAUUGGAUUUCUUCUCACUGUUGUUCGAAUUAAACAAUGGCCACAUGUGUUGCAUGUUUACAAAACAUGGAAGUUUAAUCAAAACCUCACUCACUUUUAUGCAGACUGUUUGUAUGGUGUAAUUUGCUUACACUCACAAGUCCAGUUUUUAGACAAUUUUUAUAAAUUGACCACAAAAUAGAUGAGACAUGUUUUGCUCAGAUUUUCUGUAAAUUAGAUUGGAGCCGGCUGCAGACCUGGAUUAGUCUUAUGCAAUUUGGCCCCUAUAACUUAUUUAAACAGUGUUUUCAGUCUGAAGUUACUGGCCACAUUAAAUAGAUUUUACACGUGUCACGUAUUCAACACAAAAUACAUUAAAUGUAGUAUUCAUUUUUACUGUGUCACUCAUAUGGACCACAAAGGGCUGGGCAAUAAACCGAAAAUUUACAGAUUCCGAAAUUUACAACAAUAACUGACAUCAUUUUGCCCAUAUCGGUAUAUUCAGUGUCAAAUAAAUAGUAGAUAGGUAGGCUAUGGUCUCAUGUCCCUUUAAGACGCUGUCCUACAUCAGAGACGUGACUCCACCACAUCCAGUCCGUAACAAAAAGGUAACAGCUGGAGCGGUGGCUGAAGCAGACGAAGUUAAUGUGGUAGGGCAUGAGCAGCUUGUGGAGUAGCUAUCGUCCAUUCAUCUUUAUCGAGAUGAACUGCUCAAUAUAUCGUGAUAUUGAUUUGAGGCCUGAUCGCCCAGCCCUAGGACCACAUACAGUACAGGAAAACACUAUGGCCUUCAUGUUAGCCCGGCAAUACCGCUGUCUUGAAAAUUGAGGUGCCAUGUUCAAAGUUACCAAUAUCUUCAUGUACUUUGUGAGAUGCCUUUGGAUAUGAUUGUCUUUGUGAUUUACUAUCACUCCUAACUUAAGCUGAUUGGUUUAUUUAGGUCACUUAAAAUGCCAGCAAAUCAACACUAGAGCACCGUGCCACAGAGGAAAUUUAAGGUCAUCCUCUUUAGUCAACAAUGUAAGAAUCUGUCAUUGGUGCAGGAGAUGUUUCAACGUUGUUCCUUUUCUUAUGCCACAGUGGCUGUUUUAUUUUCUGAAUGAGGUCUUUCUAUCUUUCUCUAAUCUAUUGUAUUCGUCUUGUCAGGGAAAGAUCAUUGGCCGUCAGGCUGAGCUAGAGUUGAGGAAGCAGAGCUCAUGAUUGACUAUUAAAACCACUGCUUUUUAAAAAAUUCAGCCAAAACACUAGUGGUGGGCAAAACCGGUCAUUUCAGUGAACCGGAUCAUUCCGGGUCGUUCAGUAAAAAGACCCGUUCAUUUCGUCCAACGCUGCUCUUUCGGUCAAUCGGUCAUUUGUACAGUCAACAAAUGCAAAUGCAUAUUAAUAGUUGUCUCUCUGCCUCGCUGCAGCAGUCUGUGUGCCUUUGCGUGUGUGUGACUGUCCCGCUCGCUCCGGCUCCCCCCCCCCCCCUCAGUCUUUCAGUCAACUCGUUCACCGUCUGGAUCUUUCGUUCACUCGGUCUUUCAGUCAACUCGUUCACCGUCUGGAUCUUUCGUUCACUCGGUCUCUCGUUCAACUCGUUCACCGUCUGGGUCUUUUGUUCACUCGGUCUUUCGUUCAACCUGUUCAUCCGUCUGGAUCUUUCGUUCACUCAUUUGACCCGUUCUUUCAGUUCAACUAGGUCUUUCGUUCAUCGGUCUGACCCGUUCUUUCAGUCAACUAGGUCUUUCGUUCAUUUGACCCGUUCUUUCAGUCAACUAGGUCUUUCGUUCAUUUGACCCGUUCUUUCAGUCAACUAGGUCUUUCGUUCAUUUGACCCGUUCUUUCAGUCAACUCGGUCAUUCCGGUCUUUCAGUCAGCUCAGUAGUACUGCUGCUGCUUCUCUAAGCCCCACCCACACACAGAAUGAGGCGCGACGAUAGGAUAAGACAGGCAAGCAGUCCCUCUUCAGCCAAUCAAAAGAACUGAACGGAUUGAACAGGUCAUUUAGGGGGGGAGAACUAGUUCAUUUCGUUCAUCAAAAAGAACUAGUUCUUUUGAUCCGUUCGUUCAAGACCGACACACCACUUCAAAACACCUGAGACUGGAAGCACUUGAAGUCUUUUCCACUUCUACAUUGAUUGUACUUUGCGAAAUUCCACGCACAGAAUAUGCCCAAUUCUGGUCUCACUAAGCUCAGUACCUACAAACUGGAAACCUAGAAUGACAUCUUUACAAAUUUGGGAUUUGACUUACUAUGAAAAACUGUUGCCAUGGCUGUUUUAUUUUUUCAAAAAAUUAUCUAUCUGUUUGCUCAAAAUAAAGUUUGACAGGUGUUGAACUUUGGGUAUCAGUAGCUGCAAUCAAAAUAUGGAAUUGGUUGUAACGUAUCGUAAAUUUAUCCUUUUUUACAUUCAAGGCCAAAGCAGUACGUGUUGUGAUGUUCCACGAUCUAUCUCCAUUGUCAAAUCUUCACUCACUUGUACAUCUACCUAUUUUUAAACCAAUCUGUCUUUGGCUUUAAACCUUUUUUUAUCAGCCGUGCUGUGUCAGAAUUUCUCUGUACCUUUUCAGUCACUUUUGAGGGGAAAAGCAUCAGCCAGGUCCUGCUGAAGGCAGAGGUGAAAAGCAAUAGAGGGAAAUUCCUGGAAUAACUAUCAGAAAUUACGAGGGUCAGAUUGACAGACCGCCUAAACAACCCUGAUUUUUUACACUAAAACUGUCUGAACUUCAGUACCACAGGAAGCCACAUGUGGAGAAGAACGAAAGGGCAGGGGGUGUACACGGGGAAAUGGAGGGAUAUUACUAAGGGGGGUGGUCGUGUUGUUUUGUGGGAAGGUGGGAGGAGUUUAGAGAGGUGCAGGCACUGGUGAGGUGGUACAUAGACAAACAUUGGGUUAGAUUGGUUAGAUGAGAACAUGUUAAUAGCCUUAAAGCACAGCUGUGCUCUCUUUUAUCAGCCCCAGUCUGUUCAAAGUGUCAUACAGAGUUUGUACAAUGUGAGAGGUAAUGGAAGGAUCAAAAAUAUUUGAUUUGUUGAUUUCAGACAGUAACAGUAUAUGACCACUACAUCUCUGGUGUUUUCAAAUUGCCUUUUCAGAAGUACCUUUUGUUCGCUGCAUGUGUUUUUUUUAAGCUUUUUAUUGAAGGGACUACCAACUGAGUGUUUGAUAUAAGUUAAACACAAAUUAGGAUAGCUUGUGUGUGAUAAAUCUCUUAAAAUGUUGAUGUCUUGUCUUUGCUGUGCAGGUGUUCCGUGUGGCCAGUGUUUGCCUUGGCAGUCCCCCUGAGACUAUCUCUUGGGAGUACAGAGACAAGGAUAAGAACUUCCACCGCAUGGGACCUCUUACCCCUCAGGAGUUUUACAGAGAGCAUGUCAAGCCCUUAUACAACCUUCAGGACAAAGUAUGAGAACCAUAGCAGAUAUAACACAUGGCUCUCUCUUGGCCACUACUGUCUGGAACCAGUUUUGACAUCAUAUUGUAACUGUCUUUUCUCAGGUCUGCCUUGUGAAUGAUCCUAGACCCCAAAACCCAUAUGGGAAGAUGUACAGUGUCGAGUUUCUAGGUAACAUGGUUGGUGGCCGCAGCACUGUGUAUAACAAUCAACCCAUCCAGCUGCUUAAAAAGGCUGCAGCUGAUUCUAUCAAGGAUGGGGAGGUAGGUUUUGUGAAAACAGACACAACUGAAGAGACAAUAACAUUUGAUGGUGCCUGCAUGUUUGGACCUAAUAAAUCUAACAUGCCUGUUGUAUUUUUCUCAGGCAGUGUGGUUUGGUUGUGAUGUUGGAAAACAUUUCCAUGGAAAGCUGGGCAUCAAUGACUUGAAUGUGUGAGUAUAAUUCAGAAGGAUCUGGUGUUUCAGGGAUACUGCUUGACAUGAUUGAAAGGACACAGAUGGAGUACAAACUGUGAAAAGCAUUUUGAUUACAUAUACCAUAUUAAAGAAUAUGAAAGGUGUAUUUAGAGAUCCAAAGUUUGUUUUUGUGUUUUUGCCAAAGUUAAUUUUUAACUGAGGGAAAAAUAUCAACACCCAGGACUGACUUGUUAAAUGUGUCAUCCCCUGUACUGAUAUGCCUUAAAUUUCUAGUCAUAAAGUGGGAUUAAAGUCGGGCUCGACAGUGCGACCAUUUCACUUACAUUUGCGACUAAAAAUAGAUGUGUGCGAAUUGUAAAAUGUAUUUAGGGGCACAUGUGCACCAAAAAAUAAAAUCAGCCCAGGCAACAAAUGUUUUUUCAUGUUAAUACCGCGGUGAAGUUAGUUUUAGGUUGGUUAUUUAACAGACAUGCACUGCAGAUCAACCAGUGUCUUCUCACUCUCUAUUCAUUGGGUGUUGAAUAAGGGACCAUCAAUAAAUUACCGGUUGAUGUUCUCAAAAAAGGCUGUUUUCCUUCAGUAGCUUCCAUGUCAUGUGACCAAUUGACCUAAAAUUGUCUGACCUCAGUAUUAUUAAUUGAAAUCAAUAAGACACGCCUCUUUAUUUCCCUGAUUUGUCAGGUGACCAAAAGACCUAAAAUUGAUUUCAAAUAAUUGUACCCAUGUCAACCAAUAAGACACACAUUAUUUGAUUCAUUGGGCCCCUAAAGCUCUUUGUGUUCUCCUUACUUUUUCAACUUAGGAGCAAAUGUGCUCUCUCUGAAAAAAGUUAGUGUCAAGCCCUGAUUAAACUCCUUAAACACAUUUGGUUCUUAGCUGAGAGAUUUCAUCUUUUGCAAGUUAACUAUAACUGAAUCAAGAUCAACUUUUUGUGUAAAAUUUCUAGAUUUUUUAUCUAAUUGUCUUUGCAUAUUGUCUGUAUGUUGUUUUUUAUGAUACCAGCCUUCGGACAACGGAUGAAAUUUAGCAUCUUUGCUGACUCUGGCAUAUUUACUUUGAUGCUUUUUGCUGAUAUGUUGAUCAGAGUCCAUUGUCCCAAUCGGAUUCAUAGAAAAACAAAACAAGAUAGUUAUUAUUUUAUUCUUUCAAGUACUUGAACUACACAGCCCACUGAUAUCUGGUAUACCAGUAUUAUCUGUGGCAGUAAUGCAAGAUUCACACUGCAAAGGCAGACUUCAUCUGCCUGCAAGAGGUGUCAGUCUCUUUGUAGAGGAAAAGUUGCUUAUCUUUGUCCAGCAGGUGAGGAAACAUCUGUGUCUGAACUCCUGGCGCCAGGCAUUAAUUUGCACACUGAACCAUACCAGCAUGGUGCCGUAAGUCUGGAAUCAUCUCUGUAGAGGCUCAUCUUCCAGACAGAUCCUUUCUGGUGCCGACAGAUCAUAAUUGGAAAGAGGCUGAUGCAUAAUGAAGCCUUAUUUCUGCAGUCCUGCUCAGAAAACCAUGAAAAAGCGAGUGAGCCAAUUAGCGAAGAACACCAGGCAUCAGAAAUUUUGCUUGGAGGAAGGAGGUUUGAGCUUGAAUGAACACUUCUUCUGUGUUCAGCAACAUGCAGUCUCUAAGCAGAUGCAUGGUUCUGUUCAGUCCUGUGGAUGAUAUACUUCUGUUCUGAAUAAUAUGUGUAACUCUAGUCACAGGAACAUCAAGCUACUCUGAGAGGGUCUUAUAGCCUUUACCUUUGAACUCUUUCUAAUCUCCUGAGACAGCUCUCUUCUUCUUCGUCUUCUUCUUGCUUUCUGUGGUCCACAUUCAGUGUCAUACACACCGUGUCAUCUAACAGCACAGUGGCUACUUGUCACCCUUUAAAUCAGCAGACUGAUUUGUUACAAGUUUGAAGCCACCUGUGAUGCUAAUGAAAGGACACACCUUGGUUUAUCAUGUCCCUAUGGAAAAACUAUUUUUGUCCAUCAUUUUUGUCGAAGCCUGUUUCAUUAUUUUUUCUUUUUGAAAUGAUUCUUUAAACUUUUGUCAGUUUCAAGUUAUUUCAGUGACAAUUGUGGGUUUUUCAUUCAUAAACCGAGGGGUACCAACAAUUUUGUCCAUGUGUGUAGUUGAACAUGGUAUACUGUAGCAUGCCUGUUAAGUCUGCCUGAAAUCUAGGUGUCAUGAUCGAUGACCAGCUAACCUUCAGGGUUCAUGUGGCCUACAUAGCUGAGUCCUGCCAAUUUUCACUUCUAUCAAAACUCUAAUCAUUGCCGACAAAGCAGUAUCCAACACUGCCUCAUCUACACCCCUUUUUGCCCGCUACGCUCAGCCACAGAAAGGCGCCUGGUGCUCCCAGCACAUCAAGCCCCUAAAUCAGUAGCCCGACUCUUCUCUAUUGUUGUCCCUAAAUGGUGGAAUGAAUUACCCAACUCCAUUUGAUCUGUAGAGUCCCGCUCUACUUCAAAAGACAGCUAAAGACCCAGCUCUUUAGAGAACACUAUACACUUGGCUAGACUAUUCUCCACUGUUGUCCCCAGUGGUUAAAUGAGUCAUCCAGCUACUGUCUUUCUCUACUUCUGGGAUUUUGUGAGCUCAGCUCUAUGUGAGUGACCCAGCACUUGGUACUUUGGUAACUAUUGUUGUGAUGACAAUUUCAAUGAUAGUGAUGAUGAAGAGUCUUACAUUGAUAGCUAGUUGCUUCAUUGUUGAUUUUCAUCAAAAAAAAUUAAAUUCCUUUUUACUCUUAUGUUCAUUGCCUUUAACACUGCUUGGCAGUAGUUGUGUCCAAAUGGACUUGAGGUGCUUUGUGGCUCUUACUGGUCAUGUUUCCUCUUAGAUCUUUGCUUGCAUUGAUCUUGCUCUUGAAUGUAUGUCACUUUGGAUAAAAGCAUCUGCAUAGUGACAUGGUAGCAUUGUAAAAUUUUAGUUUUUGUACAAAGAUUCAAUUUAAAUAUAGUGUGGGUAUAUUUUAAUAUUUCCACAGGUUCAACUUUGAGUUCUGUACACAUUUACUUUCACUUAAUUUUGUUUUUUUUUUUCUUUACAUGUUAAUCAUCAAAAAUCUUUGUAUGCAUUUGUACAGGUUCAAUCAUGAGCUUGUGUUUGGAGUUUCUGUGAAGAACCUCUCCAAGGCAGAGCGACUGAUAUUUGGAGACUCGCUCAUGACCCAUGCCAUGAUUCUUACUGCUGUCACAGACAAGGUACCUUUACACAAAUGCAUAGUUCAGUUUCAGUACAGCUCAGUCAUCUCAUUCGAAUGUACAGUUCAUAUACAAGCAAACCAUGAGGAAUACACACUUUCAGUGCUUUCCAGGGUGUAGUGUAUCAAAGCCUUGCGACGUGUUUAUGCUGCUUUAAUCAGCUGCAGUUUUUCAUAGUGAUGUCAAUUUCCACCCUUAUAAGUAACCCCAGCUGUCGGAACACGCUACUUCCCCCAUUCCUGGCUUCUCAUUCUUAUCUCCCGAUCAUGUUCUGUAUUUCAAUCCUUCAGGACGUCAAAGAAGGCUAUGAGAAGUGGAGGGUGGAAAACUCCUGGGGAGACGAUCGUGGGAACAAAGGUAACACAUUAUUAAACUUCUGUCUUUUCCAAUCUUGUCCAUCAUUGGGACAGAUGGCUGAGAUUCACAAUCAUGAGAUUUCAGACAGAGGGCUAAAAGUAAGAUUUUUCCGAGCACAUGAUUUUAUUGUUAGAUUAAUACAAGAUUAUUCAAUGAUUUGCAGAAAACGUAUCAAAGUCUGCUAUCCUACUGUAGCAUUGGUUUAAAAAGCAUUGUCCUUGCUUGAUCUUUAGUGUUUAGAGUGCCACUGGAAAAACAACUGGAUUUGAUUAACACUGUUUGCAUUUCUACAAAUGAUAAAUUACAUAAAUGUAACAAUUGGCAUAUAAAUAUAUAAGAUGACCAAGCUCCGAAACAGGGCAUCCAUCUUUGUGCCUAACCAUGAGAAGUAUGCCAAACACAAUAAACAAUUUGAUUGUGUAACUGUCCCUCUAUCAAAAAAAAAUGUAGAUAGAGAUGAUGUGGGGAAAUCCUAGUAACUAGUCUCUCCCAAGAGCCUAAGAUACCUCUAGAGGGAUAAAAAUGAUAAAGUUUCACAAAAAACUAGUGCUGGUUAAACAAAAGGCCCCCUCUAGAAUUGGUCCCACAUUUUUUAAGGGGUUGUCGCUGUACCACCAUAAUCAAGUUCUUUUCUUUGUAUUGUCCUAAAAUGGCAUGGUUCAUAUUACUAUUCCUAACAAAAGAUUGAAAGUUUCAUUGAACACACUACAAAGACAAAAUAUGUAAUGUUCUAAUUAAUAAACUCAAAUGUUUUUUUUUGUUUGCUUGCAAAUAUUGACCCAUUUUGAAUUUGAUGUCUGCAACAUGUUCCAUAAAAGUUGAAACAGAGUCUAUAAAAGACAGGGAAAAUUGAGGAAUCCUAAAAAAAAAACUUGUUUGGAACAUUCCACGGGUAAACAUGUUAAUUAGAAACAGGUGAACAUGCUAAUUAGAAACAGGUGAACAUGUUAAUUAGAAACAGGUGAACAUGUUAAUGAGAAACAGGUGAGUGUCAUGAUUGGGUAUAAAAGGAGCAUCUCCUGCCAAGGCUCAGUCAUUCAUAAGCAAGGAUGGGAUGAGGUUCACCAUUUUGUUAACAACUGCAUGAGCAAAUAGUCCUAAUAUUUCAAAGAACUAUGUUUCUUAAUGUACAGUUGCGAGGAAUUUAAAGGAAAAACUGUCUACAGGGCUUAAUAUCGUUAAAAGAAUCCAGAGAAAUCUCUGCACAUAAGCAACAAGGCCAAAAACCAACACUGAAUGCUCAUGACCUUCGAUCCCUCAGGCGGCACAGCAUUAAAAGCCAACAUCAUUCUGUGAAAGAUAAUACCAUGUAGUCUCAGGGACACUUCAGAAAACCAUUGGUUAACAGUUAACACAGUGUGUCGCUACAGCUACAUGUGCAAGUUCAAAGUUCUCCUACACGCAAAGCCAAAAACGUAAAUCAACAAUACCCAGAAACUCUGCCGGCUUCUCUGGACACGAGCUCAUCUGGAAUGGACUGAGGCAUAGUGCUUCAAAUUGUUUUUGGACAUCAUGGACGUGGUGUCCUCUAGGCUAAAGAGGAAAAAGACCAUCAGGGUCAAAGUUCAAAAGCCAGCAUCUGUGAUGGUAUGGGGGUGUGUGAAUGCACCAUUAAUGCUAAAAGGGACAUAGAAGUUUCAGAGUAACAUACGCUGCCAUCCAAGCCAUGUCUUUAUCAGGUAUGUCCCUGCUUAUUUCAGAGAGGCAAGGCCAAGACACAUUCUGCAUGUUACAACAGCAUGACUUUGUAGUUAAAGAGCGGGGGUACUAGACUGGUCUGCCUGCGGUCCACACCUGUCUCCCAUUGCAAGUGUAAAAUACAACAACAGAGACCCCUGACUGUUGAGCAACUGAAGUAGUACAUCAAGCAAAAACAGGAAAAAAUUUGACCUUGUCCUUUCAAAAACACAGUAUUUCACAGAAUUAGUCUUGGUUUCAGACCACACCAAUGUAGUCAUGCAACAUUUAUUUAAAUGAUAAAUCUAAAAGUAGAGAUCCCGCUGUCUUUUAAAGAGUAUUUAGACACAUCAGGAUCCACAUUUCCAAGUGAUGGACCUAUGUUGGGAACUGCUGCUCAAGUCUGAAAGCAAGAGGGCUGCUCCUCAUUUUUUAGCCUCGAAGAACAUCCAUCUGCUUUGAGACAGGACAGUAAGCCUAUCCCUAAAAACAAAUAAUGACACCCAACAUUCAUUCACGGACAAACACACAUAAUGCCACCCAACACGCAAGUUCCAGGAAGGCUUACAUCAACACACAUGCGGAUACCACAGUGGGAACCAGGCACUGUGCCAUUUAAGAUUUGCGUACUUGGAAGAACACAUACACACUAUGCACGCCAUCCCUGGUACAUUGUUUUGAAUUGUGGCACGUUCUUGUGGUUACCCUGACGUCUUCCAUAAGUCAGCAAGGCAGCAGGCGUAAUGCUCUCAUUUACCUAGCUCUGAAAACAUGAGGAGGGGAGAGUGGAGAUGGAGAGAAAGAGAAAGAGUGACGUUACAUCAGGAAAUAGAGAGUAAAUUUCAUUCGAUCAAAUUUGUGGCUGCCAGUUUUUAAUCCAGCUUCCCAUAAGUGUCCGUUUUGAGUCGGCAUAGUUUUAUUUACUGUGGUUUCACAUAACAUCUAGUACAUGCUGCACACAGAUAUUCAUAGAUUUAAAUGGUUGCUUUUUUAUCACGGGUUUUAGGACCACUAUGAAGUGUUUAGCAGAGGGUAUGCUUUCAUAACCACCCCAAGCUCAGCCACAUUGACCUUGUAUGACUACAUACUCAGAGCAGAGAGAGAGGCUGACAUUGUUUGGUUUUCUGGGGGUGGGGGUUUAGAGGUGAUAGCAGAUGAAUUAAAUAAAUUCAGCACUGCAGGGUGGGCAACUAUAAACUAUCAAGGGUGGGGUCCACCCUCCUGUUCUUGGCAACCAUAAUGUAUUGUGAUAGAGAGCACUUGAGGGCAAUUGAAAAAUGAAUGUGUUGAUUUUUUUAUGACUAAGCUAUUCAGUAGUUCUAAGCAGUGCUCUAUACCAAUGGUUCUCAACUGGUCUCACUCUGGGACCCACAUUUUCCCAUGGUCCUUAAGUCGCGACCCACUUUUAUAGAAUUUAAACCAAGCAAAUUAAUUUUUUACAGAUAAAAAAACCUUUAAAGACUCUAAUAUUUAACAUAAAUCCACUUGUUUUAUUGAGUAUAGUGCAUUUCAGAGCACAUGAAGGGGACAACAUGAGGACGACAACUACUGGAGCUGUAUAUACAGAAAAUAUUGAACAUCUAAUAAAUAUCGCAUUAAAUAUUUACUUUUUUAAUCAGCUGUUCGUGACCCAUCCUGACCGAUCCGCGACCCACUUUUGGUUGAGAACAACCGCUCUAUACUACUACAUAAACAUUGUCUCUUAAACAUGGCUGUGCACUGGGGCGCACAAUAUCAAUAGUUUUUGGCAGAGAGCAAGAACAGGAUUAUUAUUGAAAUGUCAAGAUAUUUUUUUCCCUAAUUGAAAUAAGACAAGAUAAGAUAACUUUAAGACAGUUAUUUAUGUUUACAAAACUUUCUAAACUAAAAAAAAAGUUAACAGAGAAAUGUCUUUGGUCCUCAUAACCAAUGAUAUCAUGGAGAAAGACCUAAAUGGCUUUUGGGUCAGCCUUCUUUCAUUACGGGCUUUACAUGUCAACUAAGUCAUGACCCAAAACUGCACAGUGUAGCUGAACCCUAGGGCCCAAAAAUAUGUCUAAAGUUGCUCUGUUGUUUUCAGUUUUGAUCUAAGCGUGUAUGCAAGUGAACUUGAAUCAACAAACCUUGUAAUUGUAUCUAUCUUCAUAGGCUACCUGAUCAUGACGGAUGAUUGGUUCUCCGAGUAUGUGUAUGAGGUGGUCGUAGACAAAAAGUACCUUACCUCUGAAGUCCUUGACGUGAUACAACAGGAGCCAGUUGUACUUCCUGCCUGGGAUCCAAUGGGUGCCCUGGCAUAACUGCAGAGAUCAAGAUGGAAGCCCCAACCUCGGGUCUGGACUUCGCCCUGUUCCUUGGCUGCUUUUAAUUCUCCAGUUACUAUUCCUAUCUCACAUCCUUCCAAACAUACCUGUUCUUCUUGAUAAAACAAUAAAGUUUUUUUCUUUUUUUACCGGACUGCUUGUGUUCUCU